AUGAGUCUUGAUCCUGACUACGAUGUGGAUGCCGAGGAAGACAUCUCCUUCGGCAUUUCACUUGCGCCUAAAGGCGAGGAGGGGAAUGAAUUCCGCACGCAGAAUGAUCCGUUAGAUCCUUAUCAGCGCGAGAACAUCAUUGAACGCAAAGGCGCUGUCGACAUUCGCUGCUCUAGCAUCGACAUUGUUCACGGCUUGUUUGACCCCGAAGGCGAUGCUUUAUGCACUCUACUGGUACUCGAAUUUCGAUUUGACCCAAGAAAACGAGCGCGGCGUAUCGCACAUGUCGAUAUUGAGCUGAGGUUCUCUGCCAGUGAGAAAGGCGUAGCUGACCCUCACGUUUUUGCCAUCGCGCCCAACGGCAACUUGAGAUUUGCUCAGACGACACAGACAGAGACAACUACUACUGGAGGCGACGUGACCAUCGGCGCAGGCGCAGCUGGAGUGGAAUUGGGAAGUGCCGUGACAGGAUCAAUCGACCUCCGCGGACGAAACUAUGGCAAGCCAAACUGUGCGUCUUGGACACUGUUGGAGAACCCUGAGACAAAAACUGGUGUACCUGUCUCUAUGCGAACCGCCAUUCUGCUCAAGCGGAGGGACGAGGGACGUUUCCAGUGCGUGGUGACUGUCAACGCCAAAGCCGACUGGAGAACGUCGAUGGAAUGGCUUGUCGGCACCACGAAACGUGAUGAUCCCGUACUACUUGACCCGACGCUGGCUCCGACGAGUGAUAGGUACAAAGAUAUGGAGAUGAAGCUUGGGGAAUUGGAUCUAAACGCUAUCUGUGAUAUCACCUCGGCCAACGUGAUCGAGAACUCUGUCAAGACAAAGAAGAUCGGUAGUCAGAGCUCCUGA